AUGGCGGCCCGGGGGCGGGCCGGGGGCACGUUAUGCCUCAGAGGCUUUGCCCCUGGGAAGAACAAUGCCUGGCUGGUCCCAGAGCCUUUCCUGAGCUUUUCCCUCGAGUACAAGGCCACAAGCUGUAGCGGUGCCUUCGCGGGCCGGCGAUGCCAGGCGCCCAACCCCUGCCUCAGCGCCCCCUGCAAGAACGCGGGCACGUGCCACGCGGUGGACCACGGCGGCCCGGUGGACUACGCCUGCGCCUGCCGCCUGGGCUUCUCCGGGCCCCUCUGCCUGACGCCCCGAGACAACGCCUGCCUCGCCAAGCCCUGCCGCAACGGCGGCACCUGUGACCUGCUCACGCUGACCGAGUACAAGUGCCGCUGCCCCCCCGGCUGGUCAGGGAAGAUGUGCCAGCAGGCCGACCCGUGUGCCUCCAACCCGUGUGCCAACGGCGGCCAGUGCCUGCCCUUCGAGGCCUCGUACAUCUGCCGCUGCCCGCCCGGCUUCCACGGCCCCACCUGCAGGCAGGACGUCAACGAGUGUGGCCAGAGCCCCGGGCUCUGUCGCAACGGAGGCACCUGCCACAACGAGGUCGGCUCCUACCGCUGCACCUGCCGCGCCACCCACACCGGCCCCCACUGCGAGCUGCCCUACGUGCCCUGCAGCCCCUCACCCUGCCAGAACGGGGGCACCUGCCGCCCCACGGGGGACACCACCCACGAGUGCGCCUGCCUGCCAGGCUUCACUGGCCAGAACUGCGAGGAGAAUAUCGACGACUGUCCCGGAAACAGCUGCAAGAACGGAGGCGCCUGUGUGGACGGCGUGAACACUUACAACUGCCGCUGCCCGCCCGAGUGGACAGGCCAGUACUGCACCGAGGACGUAGACGAGUGCCAGCUGAUGCCCAACGCCUGCCAGAACGGCGGGACCUGCCACAACACCCACGGCGGCUACAACUGCGUGUGCGUCAACGGCUGGACGGGGGAAGACUGCAGCGAGAACAUCGACGACUGUGCCAGCGCCGCCUGCUUCCACGGGGCCACCUGCCACGACCGAGUGGCCUCCUUCUACUGCGAGUGCCCUCAUGGCCGCACCGGUCUGCUCUGCCAUCUAAACGACGCCUGCAUCAGCAACCCUUGCAACGAGGGCUCCAACUGUGACACCAACCCCGUCAACGGCAAGGCCAUCUGCACCUGCCCCUCCGGGUACACGGGCCCGGCCUGCAGCCAGGACGUGGACGAGUGCUCGCUGGGCGCCAACCCCUGUGAGCACGCGGGCAAGUGCAUCAACACGCUGGGCUCCUUCGAGUGCCAGUGUCUGCAGGGCUACACGGGCCCGCGCUGCGAGAUUGACGUCAACGAGUGCAUCUCGAACCCGUGUCAGAAUGACGCCACCUGCCUGGACCAGAUCGGGGAGUUCCAGUGCAUCUGCAUGCCGGGCUACGAGGGCGUGCACUGUGAGGUCAACACGGACGAGUGCGCCAGCAGCCCCUGCCUCCAGAACGGCCGCUGCCUGGACAAAAUCAACGAGUUUCUGUGCGAGUGCCCCACAGGCUUCACCGGGCACCUGUGUCAGUUUGACGUGGACGAGUGUGCAAGCACACCUUGCAGGAACGGCGCCAAGUGCCUGGACGGGCCCAACACCUACACCUGCGUGUGCACGGAAGGCUACACGGGGCCGCACUGCGAGGUGGACAUUGACGAGUGUGACCCCGAUCCUUGCCACUACGGGUCGUGCAAGGAUGGUGUUGCCACCUUCACCUGCCUGUGCCGGCCGGGCUACACGGGCCACCACUGCGAGACCAACGUCAACGAGUGUCACAGCCAGCCCUGCCGCCACGGCGGCACCUGCCAGGACCGCGACAACGCCUACCUGUGCCUCUGCCUCAAGGGGACCACAGGACCCAACUGUGAGACCAACCUGGAUGACUGUGCCAGCAGCCCCUGUGACUCAGGCACGUGUCUGGACAAGAUCGACGGCUACGAGUGCUCGUGCGAGCCGGGCUACACAGGGAGCAUGUGCAACGUCAACAUCGACGAGUGUGCGGGCAACCCCUGCCACCACGGGGGCACCUGCGAGGACGGCACCAACAGCUUCACCUGCCGCUGUCCCGAGGGCUACCACGGCCCCACGUGCCUGUCCGAGGUCAACGAGUGCAGCAGCAACCCCUGCAUCCACGGGGCCUGCCGGGACAGCCUCAACGGGUACACGUGUGACUGUGACCCCGGGUGGAGUGGGGCUCACUGUGACAUCAACACCAACGAGUGUGAGUCCAACCCCUGCGCCAACGGGGGCGCCUGUAGAGACAUGACCAGCGGCUACGUGUGCACCUGCCGCGAGGGCUUCAGUGGGCCCAAUUGCCAAACCAACAUCAACGAGUGUGCGUCUAACCCGUGCCUGAACCAGGGCUCGUGCAUCGAUGAUGUGGCCGGCUACACGUGCAACUGCCCGCUGCCCUACACAGGAGCCACGUGUGAGGUGGUGCUGGCCCCGUGCGCCCCCGGCCCCUGCAGGAACGGUGGCGAGUGCCAGGAGUCCGAGGACUUCGAGAGCUUCUCGUGUGUCUGUCCUGCAGGCUGGCAAGGACAGACGUGCGAGGUCGACAUCAACGAGUGUGUCAAGAACCCGUGCCGCCACGGCGCCUCCUGCCAGAACACCAACGGCGGCUACCGUUGUCGCUGCCGCGCCGGCUACACGGGGCACAACUGCGAGACGGACGUGGAUGACUGCCGACCCAACCCGUGCCACAAUGGCGGCUCCUGCACAGACGGCGUUAACACGGCUUUCUGCGACUGCCUGCCUGGCUUCCGGGGGGCUUUCUGCGAGGAGGACAUCAACGAGUGCGCCAGCAACCCCUGCCACCACGGUGCCAACUGCACCGACUGCGUGGACAGCUACACCUGCACCUGCCCCACGGGCUUCAGCGGCAUCCACUGCGAGAACAACACGCCCGACUGCACAGAGAGCUCCUGUUUCAACGGCGGCACCUGCGUGGACGGCAUCAGCUCCUUCACCUGUCUGUGUCCGCCUGGCUUCACGGGCAGCUACUGCCAGCACGACGUCAACGAGUGUGAUUCUCGGCCCUGCCUGCACGGCGGCACCUGCCAGGACAGCUACGGGACCUACAAGUGCACCUGCCCACAGGGCUACACGGGCCUCAACUGCCAGAACCUCGUGCGCUGGUGCGACUCCUCACCGUGUAAGAACGGCGGCAAGUGCUGGCAGACCAACACCCUGUACCGCUGCGAGUGCCACAGCGGCUGGACCGGCCUCUACUGCGACGUGCCCAACGUGUCCUGUGAGGUGGCCGCACGGCGCCGAGACAUCAACGUCACCCACCUGUGCCGGAACGGGGGGCUCUGCAUGGACGCGGGCAACACGCACCACUGUCGCUGCCAGGCCGGCUACACGGGCAGCUACUGCGAGGACCAGGUGGACGAGUGCUCGCCCAGCCCCUGCCAGAAUGGGGCCACCUGCACCGACUACCCUGGCGGCUACUCCUGCGAGUGCGUGGCCGGGUACCACGGGGUAAACUGCUCUGAGGAGAUCAACGAGUGUCUGUCCCACCCAUGCCAAAACGGGGGCACCUGCAUCGACCUCAUCAACACCUACAAGUGUUCCUGUCCCCGGGGCACACAGGGUGUGCACUGUGAGGUCAACGUGGACGACUGCAGUCCCCUCAUCGACCCCGUCUCCCGGGGCCCCAAGUGCUUUAACAACGGCACCUGCGUGGACCAGGUCGGCGGCUACAGCUGCGCCUGCCCACCCGGCUUCGUGGGCGAGCGCUGUGAGGGAGACGUGAACGAGUGCCUGUCCAACCCCUGCGACGCCCGUGGCACCCAGAACUGCGUGCAGCGCGUCAACGACUUCUACUGCGAGUGUCGCGCGGGCCAUACAGGACGCCGCUGUGAGUCGGUCAUCAACGGCUGUAAGGGCAGGCCCUGCCAGAACGGGGGCACUUGCGCCGUGGCCUCCAACACUGCCCGCGGGUUCAUCUGCAAGUGCCCGGCGGGCUUCGAGGGCGCCACGUGCGAGAACGACGCGCGCGCCUGCGGGAGCCUGCGCUGCCUCAACGGCGGCACGUGCAUCUCGGGCCCGCGCAGCCCCACCUGCCUGUGCCUGGGCCCCUUCACGGGCCCCGAGUGCCAGUUCCCGGCCGGCAGCCCCUGCGUGGGCGGCAACCCCUGCUACAACCAGGGCAGCUGCGAGCCGAUGCCCGAGAGCCCCUUCUACCGCUGCCUGUGCCCCGCCAAGUUCAACGGGCUCCUGUGCCACAUCCUGGACUACAGCUUCGGGGGCGGCCUGGGCGUCGACAUCCCCCCGCCGCAGAUCGAGGAGGCGUGCGAGCUGCCCGAGUGCCGCGAGGAGGCGGGGAACAAGGUGUGCAGCCUGGGCUGCAACAACCACGCGUGCGGCUGGGACGGCGGCGACUGCUCCCUCAACUUCAACGACCCCUGGCAGAACUGCUCGCAGUCGCUGCAGUGCUGGAAGUACUUCAGCGACGGCCGCUGCGACAGCCAGUGCAACUCGGCCGGGUGCCUGUUCGACGGCUUCGACUGCCAGCGCGCGGACGGCCAGUGCAACCCCCUGUACGACCAGUACUGCAAGGACCACUUCGGUGACGGGCACUGCGACCAGGGCUGCAACAGCGCCGAGUGCGAGUGGGACGGGCUGGACUGCGCGGAGCACGUGCCCGAGCGGCUGGCGGCCGGCGCGCUGGUGCUGGUGGUGCUGACGCCGCCCGCGCAGCUGCGCAACAACUCCCUGCACUUCCUGCGGGAGCUCAGCCGCCUGCUGCACACCAACGUGGUCUUCAAGCGCGACGCGCACGGCCAGCCCAUGGUCUUCCCCUACUACGGCCGCGAGGAGGAGCUGCGCAAACACCCCAUCAAGCGCGCCGUGGACGGCUGGGCCGCGCCCGGGGCCCUGCUCGACCGGGUGGAGGCCGCCCUGCUCCCGGGCGGCGGGGCCGGCCGCCGGCGCCGGGAGCUGGACCCCAUGGACAUCCGCGGAUCCAUUGUCUACCUGGAGAUUGACAACCGGCAGUGUGUCCAGUCAUCCUCACAAUGCUUCCAGAGCGCCACGGACGUGGCCGCCUUCCUGGGCGCCCUCGCCUCGCUGGGCAGCCUCAACAUCCCCUACAAGAUCGAGGCCGUGCAGAGUGAGACCGUGGAGCCGCCCCCACCCCCGCAGCUGCACUUCAUGUACGUGGCCGUGGCCGCCUUCGUGCUCCUCUUCUUUGUGGGCUGCGGGGUGCUGCUGUCCCGCAAGCGUCGGCGGCAGCAUGGACAGCUCUGGUUCCCGGAGGGCUUCAAGGUGUCAGAGGCCAGCAAGAAGAAGCGGCGGGAGCCCCUCGGCGAGGACUCCGUGGGCCUCAAGCCCCUGAAGAACGCGUCGGAUGGUGCUCUCAUGGACGACAGCCAGCACGAGUGGGGUGACGAGGAUCUGGAGGCCAAGAAGUUCCGGUUCGAGGAGCCAGUGGUUCUCCCCGACCUGGAUGACCAGGCAGAUCACCGGCAGUGGACCCAGCAGCACCUGGACGCUGCCGACCUGCGUGUGUCCGCCAUGGCCCCCACGCCACCCCAGGGCGAGCCCGACGCCGACAGCAUGGAUGUGAACGUCCGAGGGCCGGACGGCUUCACGCCCCUCAUGAUCGCCUCCUGCAGCGGAGGGGGCCUGGAGACGGGCAACAGCGAGGAGGAGGAGGACGCGCCCGCCGUCAUCUCCGACUUCAUCUAUCAGGGCGCCAGUCUGCACAACCAGACGGACCGCACUGGCGAGACCGCCCUGCACCUGGCUGCCCGCUACUCGCGCUCCGACGCGGCCAAGCGCCUGCUGGAAGCCAGCGCCGACGCCAACAUCCAGGACAACAUGGGACGCACCCCGCUGCACGCAGCCGUGUCUGCCGACGCGCAGGGCGUCUUCCAGAUCCUGAUCCGGAACCGAGCCACGGACCUGGACGCGCGCAUGCACGAUGGCACGACGCCGCUGAUCCUGGCCGCCCGCCUGGCGGUGGAGGGCAUGCUGGAAGAUCUCGUCAACUCGCAUGCCGACGUCAACGCCGUGGACGACCUGGGCAAGUCCGCGCUGCACUGGGCCGCCGCCGUGAACAACGUGGAGGCGGCUGUCGUGCUCCUGAAGAACGGGGCCAACAAGGACAUGCAAAACAACAAGGAGGAGACGCCCCUGUUCCUGGCCGCUCGGGAGGGCAGCUACGAGACCGCCAAGGUGCUGCUGGACCACUUCGCCAACCGGGACAUCACGGACCACAUGGACCGCCUGCCCCGUGACAUCGCCCAGGAGCGCAUGCAUCAUGACAUCGUGCGGCUGUUGGACGAGUACAGCCUGGCACGCAGCCCCCAGCUGCACGGCACGGCCCUGGGUGGCGCGCCCACGCUGUCCCCGCCACUCUGCUCCCCCGGCAGCUACCUGGGCAACCUCAAGCCCGCCGUGCAGGGCAAGAAGGCCCGCAAGCCCAGCACCAAGGGCCUGGCCUGCGGCGGCAAGGAGGCCAAAGACCUCAAGGCACGCAGGAAGAAGCCCCAGGACGGCAAGGGCUGCCUGCUGGACAGCUCGAGCGUGCUGUCGCCCGUGGACUCCCUCGAGUCGCCGCACGGCUACCUGUCGGACGUGGCCUCGCCGCCGCUCCUGCCUUCUCCGUUCCAGCAGUCCCCGGCCGUGCCCCUCAACCACCUGCCCGGCAUGCCUGACGCCCACCUGGGCGUCGGCCACCUGAGCGUGGCCGCCAAGCCCGAGAUGGCAGGGCUGGGCGGGGGCGGCCGGCUGGCCUUCGAGGCAGGACCCCCGAGGCUCUCCCACCUGCCCGCGGCCUCCAGCACCAGCACGGUCCUGGGCACUGGCGGCGGCGUGAAUUUCACCGUGGGUGGGGCCGCGGGCUUGAACGGCCAGUGCGAGUGGCUGUCCCGGCUGCAGAACGGCCUGGUGCCCAACCAGUACAACCCGCUGCGAGGGAACGUGGCGCCGGGCACCCUGAGCACGCAGGCCCCGGCCCUCCAGCACAGCAUGAUGGGCCCGCUGCACGCCGGCCUGUCCACGGCCGCCCUGUCCCAGAUGAUGAGCUACCAGGCCCUGCCCGGCACGCGCCUGGCCGGCCAGCCUCACCUGGUGCAGACCCAGCCGCCGCAGCAGAACUUACAGAUGCAGCCGCCCAACCUGCAGCCCCAGCCGCCCCAGCCACACCUCGGCGUGGCCUCGGCCGCCAGUGGCCACGUGGGCCGGAGCUUCCUGGGCGGGGAGCCGAGCCAGGCAGACGUGCAGCCGCUGGGCCCUGGCGGCCUGGCCGUGCACACCAUCCUGCCGCAGGACAGCCAGGCCCUGCCCGCCACGCUGGCCCCGCCCAUGACCACCGCGCAGUUCCUGACCCCGCCCUCGCAGCAUAGCUACUCCUCCUCGCCGGCGGACAACACCCCCAGCCACCAGCUGCAGGUGCCUGAGCACCCCUUCCUCACCCCGUCCCCCGAGUCCCCCGACCAGUGGUCCAGCUCGUCACCGCAUUCCCACGUCUCUGACUGGUCCGAGGGCAUCUCCAGCCCGCCCACCAGCACGCAGUCCCACAUCGCCCACAUUCCAGAGGCGCUCAAGUAAACAGCCGGCGCCCCAGCGGGACCCCGUGCUUCCUUUCCCAAGCCCCGCUGGGGCGCCUGCGUGCGCUCGGCAGACACCGGGACUGACCAAAGGGGCUUUUUCUUAAGAAUCGUGUUUUUAUACAAAAUAAAAGGAUGAGGAUUUUAAUUUUUUUUUUUAGUAUUUAUUUAUGUACUUUUAUUUUACGAGGAAACACUGCCUUUUUAUUUAUACGUAAUGUUUUCUAUGUCUCCAGGUAACAAGUUUUGUCUGUUCCGAGAAAAUAAACUAGGUCUCAGUCAUGAAUUUCCUACUUAUGACAUUGUUACGUAUUUGUAAAAUACAAACAAAGAUUCAGGAUUUAUAAAUACCACUUAUUUAUUGACUUUUUGUUUUCUUCUUCAAAACCCAAAAAGAAAGGAUGCUGGACAAGGGAGGUUUGAACCAGCAUUGUCCAGAAGGGGGUGUGGGCCUGCCGCCGUGGCCCCGGAUGCCCCCGCCCCGCGCCCAGCCCCCUCCCACCUGCCCAGGUCCCCUGCCUUGUGUGAGAAGCUGCAUCUCGAGGCAAACAACAGGCAAAACCCCCGCACCUUUGGCGUGUGGAUUAAGUUGCAUUUAAAAUAGGAAUGUUGUAAAAUGUAAAUUGUGGUUUCUAUGUUUCGGUGGGGUUUUUUUGUAAUGAUCGCUUUGAAAACAUGCUUUUAAAGAUGUGUCCUUGGGGGGCACCAAGAGCACAUUUCAUGGUACCGAUCGUGAAUCUUUGUUUCGGGUUCAGUAUUACAUAGCUGUUCAUUGGUCUUGUGAGUUCCUGUUCCUUCUAGAAGCUCUUCUGCCCCUGGCCUUGAUACUUAAGCUUUGUGUAAGCUGUGGGGUACCCGUCUUGGAUGCCACGUGGAGGAAUCCCACCCUUUUCUGGGGAAAGACACUGCCCGGGCCACCCCAGCAGCUCAGCGUGGACACUUUCUUCCAGGACAAGUGGAAACGGACUAGCAGCACCUGGGGCCCAGACCCAGCUCGCGGGGUCAGACCCCUCACGGCCCCAGAUUGACGAGACCCCAGAACAGUCUCUCAAGACUUUGGAGAAACAUGGCUGUGUCCGGCCUCAGUUCCCAGAGACAGAUCAUCCCACGGCCUGGUGUGUGCGGCUGAGGCGGUGCCCUCGGCAGGGGGGGGGGGGGGGGGGGCGAUCCUGCCUGAGGGCCACCCCCACCCCCGGUCUGGGGGUGGGGGGGGAGCACGUGCCCAGGGAAGGAGCAGACACUUGCGAUAUCAAGUAUAAGCCUGUGGCAAACUAAAUGUCUGUAAAUACAUUUUUAAAGGUGGAUUUUGUUUAAAAAAUCUGAAUGAACAAGUCUGUCCAGGGUGUCCGGGGUCGUGCUGACAGGGACGUCAGAGCGUGGCUGGGCUCACGACCCGGGCCUUGCCACCUGACCCGCGGCUGCCAGGCCCGUAGCUCAUGAGAGCAAACCUGGGGAGGGCACCCCGCUGCCCGCCUUGCCCGGCGGGUGUCGGCCUCCUCCAGGCAGCCCCUCCGGCCUCCCCGGGGGCAGUGUUGUGCGUCCCUAGUGGGCAUGACCAGACUCGCCCUAGGAUGUUGAUUCUUGCGGGGUUUGGGAAAAAAUAGAGUGUAGUUUACAGCAAAAGGAAACUUUUUAAAAAAGUGAUCUACGUGCAAAACUGUAGGUGAUGAAAAGGAUGUAUUUUUUUCUUUCAUCUUUUUUUGUUAACCGAUUUGCAAUAAAAGGAAUGCCGACGGUCAUCCGGAUUUUGCCAAA